CAAAAAAAAAAAUAGUCAAACCAAUAAAACUUGUAGUGCAGUUAGUGUCCUUUUUUUGUCAUCGGCUGACUAUUGUUUGACAACUAUCGACCAUCCUUCCGAGGUCUGCUGCUGGGCUUCUGUCCGACACAAGAGCACUCGCGUACUUGACGGAAGCCAGAACCUGUCCGUGUUUUACCUCCAGCCGCAAAUGUCAAAGAGGAGAGAAAGGUCUUCGGCACCGAGGGAGCCGUUACUUGUCAUUUCACAAGCGGAUGUGUAGUUGACUUUUAGUGCGCGUGUAUUUGAACCAUCUUUACUCGAUUGCAUGAGUAUUUGACGCUAUUGUAUGUGUAUUUGACACCACUUGACUCAGAUGGCUGUGCAGGACAUUUGUGUUCCAUUUGACUCAGUGUUACGGGUGUUGAAGGCAGUUGUCCUACGUUUUGACUUGAGAGGACGUGUGUAGAAGGUCCUUCUCUCGAGUUGACGAGUGUUUGACACCGGUUUACUUCAUUUCUGACGCAAUUUGACAUGCGGUAGGCAUGCGCAUUGAGCCGUUUUAUUCAAAAGCUAAAACUAAGUCUGCUUUACCUACUUCAAGUGCAUGGAUGUGUUCUCUAUUUGAUGUGUAUACUACACCAUAAUGAAGCAAGUUUCCCGAGGGAGAGAUAUUUUUGACGAGUGCACAUUGAAAUUUAGAGGUUGACAUGUUGUGAACUGACUGCCUAUCUCCUUGUCGUGAGGUCAUGCUACGUUUGUGGUGUCGUCGGCCUCGUCGCUGCUGGCCGGGCAGGCUGGCUAUUGUCGUCUUCACCGGCUUCUUAGUCGUCACUAAUGUCUUCUUCUUCACAGACAUGGCAGGACACGUGGGGGAAAUAAAGUCAGAGACAGACUCCACCUACAUCCAAGACGUACCCAUGGACACUCCAACCCUCGAUGCACACAAACGGAGGGAACGGUUGAACGCCUAUUGCGACAUCAGCGGGGGUCGUGGUGAGGUCAGGCCACCUGGCGAUGAAUUGGACUUUCGGCGAGGUCUUCUGGUCGCCGAGAAACAUCGCCUCCUGCUAUGUCCGGUCGGUAAAGCUGCCUCCACCUUCCUCACUCGGUUCCUGAUCGCCUUGGAGGAGACGAACCUGGCCUUGUCGCCUCUCCAGAUCCCGCCGGACAAGGCCAUCCGCGUGCGGGAGAAGUACAGCGCCUACAAGACGUUGAAGGAGUUUAACAGCGCCCAAAGGGAGAAGCAAUUCCUGGACGGGCUGACCAGGGUGGUGUUCGUCCGGCACCCGCUGUGGCGCCUGUGGUCAUUGUACGUGGACAAACUAGUCUUCCCCAACCCUUACUACUGGAGAGUCUGGGGCAUGCCGGCGCAGCGACGCUCAGCUGUCUUGUCUGCAGGCCCCGGACUGACAGGAGACAAUUUCGUGACGAGGGAUGCGAACCGAUCCAAACAUCUGCAAAACCUGUCGCCAAAAGCUCCCACCGACCUGCAGGCGAGCCGGCCUAAAGAACCCCACCGGAAGCGAUCCGACAAAAAAGAGCUAGGAUUGAGCACCGACUUCCGCCUCAAUGUAUCUCAGGGUGAUCUUCGUGACUGUGGCCAGAACGUGCGUUUCAGCGAGUUCCUGGACUUCGCGCUGGAGGACCUCCACGAGGCGGACUGGCACGUGAGGCCGGUGUCGGAGCAGUGCGCGCCAUGUCUGGUCAAUGGGUGGUUUUCACGUGACGUCAUCAGUUUUUGCGAGCUGCUUCAGCGGCCAUUUUUCUUUCCCUACUAAGCAGUGGUUACGGAAGCUU